AUGAAAACAGCAUUCAAAGUUUCUUCUAUUUUCGUGAGAUCUGUAUGCCUGUUACAUAUUGUACAUGAAUUCUUUUACGAAUUCACUGAAACAAAGGGUGAAUCAAUGAUACCCACAAUUAAUGCCAGAAAUGAUUAUGUGCACGUUUCAAAAAGGUAUAAAAAUGGGAAGAAUGUCAAGCUUGGUGAUUGUAUCGUCGCUAUUAAACCAACUGAUCCAAAACAGCGUGUAUGCAAACGAAUAACAGGCCUUGAGAAUGAUAUCAUAUUAGUAGACCCCUCAAUAUGCAAUAGUAAUGAGCUUAAAAAAUAUAACAAUACUACUGUAAGUGACGUUAAUUAUUGCUUUAAUUCUUUUAUAAAAGUCCCAAAGGGUCACGUCUGGCUAACUGGUGAUAACCUUAAUCACUCUAUAGACUCAAGAAGUUAUAAUGUCGUAUCCAUGGGACUAAUCGUCGGCAAAAUAUAUGGUGCUAAUGACUUUAAUAAAGGCUCUUGGAGAGAUUUAUUUGGUUUUCGAUUUAUUAGAAAUACACUCGAGAGAGAGCCUGAUGAAUAA